AUGUUUCGAUUGGCACAAUUAGGAAGAACAACAAUUGGUCAAAGACUUCAGCUCAAUUUAAAACAGACCUCUAGGGCUCCUUUCCAGGCCUGCCACAGAAAUUAUGUAAUUGUUCACAAAGACCUAUCCAAGGCUAAAAAGGAACCAAGAAUUAGAUACAUUGCAUACGUUGUGGCAGUAUCGUGGGUUGCUAUUUGGUUCGUUACCGGCCAGGUAGAUAAGAAGAAGCCAAAGCAAUACAUGACAGAGCGAGAAUUCCAAGAAUAUGAGCAAAGCACGGGAAUCAAGAGAAGACACAAACUUAUUGGACCGGAUUUGAAUUCAAAGUACAAGUUCUAUGUCAUACCUUAUAUAUACUCAAAUGAGGAAUUGGACAAGAUCCAGUCUAGCUUGAAGAAGGCCGACCCCUCGAGGAAGAUUGUUGUUCUUGAUCCAUCAAAGUUGGUUGCCGAAGAGAAAGCUGACGAAGGUAAGCGGUAUUCUGCUUUGCUCAAUGAUUUAGAUGCCACUCAUAAACCUUACCCUCCUGGAUUAAUCACGGCAAUAUUGAAAAACCAUAUCCAAUUUUUGAUAAACACGAGAGAAGGUACUUUUGACACCAACUAUAUUAUCAAAAACUAUCCUCAAACUACUGGUGAAGCCAUCAAAUUUGAAAAUGACGUGUCUGAUAUUAGCAAGUGCUUGGUGAUGCAUUUUGAUAUGUUGAAUGAGCUCCCGAAAUUCAAAACUGACGCGGAGGUAAGAAGCAUUAAGAAUGUCGAAGGAUAUUUCGAUUCAGUUGGUAAGUCGAAAACUUUAGUUUCCAAGCAUGAUGAGAUGGACGCAAAGUUUGAGGAAAUCAUGUUGGAGGAUUACUAG